AUGCCUCCCCCGACCAGGCUCCUCGACCCCCAGAACCCCGUCCACCUCUACCGCCACCUCCUCCGCGAAGCCUCCUACCUGCCCCCGGUAUGCCGCCCCUACAUCUCGGGCCGCAUCUCGGCCUCCUUCCGCCGCCACCGCCGGCCCAACCUCGUCCCCUCCUCGACCAUGCCCUCUGCCACCCCGGAGCAGCUCAACGCUGUCCGCACCAAGCGCCGCCUGCGCGAGGGCAACCACAGCCUGCGCGUCCUGCGCGCCGCCAACCUCGGGGACUUGAGCCGCAUGCGCCGCGUCCUGCUCCUCUCGGCAGGCCGGCUCGGCCGGCGGCGGCAUGAGCUGCUCCAGCCCUGGCUGAAAGCCGAGCCCCCCGCCGACGCCGACGCCCUCGAGGCUAGCAUGCAGCAGCAGCAGCAACGAGACAAAAAGUCUCGGGAAGCGCUGGAGAGCAACGGCGAGGGCGACAAGGAUGUUGGCAAAAAGGGCCGGAGAAAGGGCGAGCGGCGGCGCGACUGGCUCGACGCCAUCGACACGGACAAGCUGCUCGCCUUUGCGCUCAGCCAGGCGCACCACAGGAUGCCCAACGUCGGCCGGCCGGUGCUCAAGGCCAGCCAGCUGGACCCGUCGAGGGCUGUGCCCGCCGUCAACGUCUGGGACCGGCCCUUCCCGGCGCACACGGCGCGGACGAAAGUGAAGCGCUGGUGGCGGCUGCUGAUCAACAGGGUCGUACCGCCCGUGGGCAAGGGCGAGUUUGACCUGUGGCGCGAUCUGGCCGAGGGCCGGAAAGAGGGCAGCCCGGAGUGGUCUCUACCUGCGCGGAGGAGCCCGGCUGCGGCGGAACAGGUGGCGGAGCAGGAGCACGAGGCACGCUGGAAAUGGGAGGAUGUGGUGACCAAGCCGGUUCGCAUGCUCGAGAGACCGCGGGCGAGGAAGUUCAAGGCGCUGGACGGGGACAUCGGCGUGGACGGCGCAGGUCCGGCGAUCGGCGUGCACAAGAUGACCAAUAGACUAUGGCGGCGGCUGUACCGCCAAGUGUGGGAGGCGAUGGCAACCAUGGACAAGAUGCCGGCGCAGGAGGGCAAGAAGCGCCGGUGGGACAUUGUCUGGGGCGGUGCCGCAAAGGCCUUCACGCUCCCCAGCCCGCCGCCGCACACGGCCUUCUUUGAGGGUGUCGAUGCCAAGGGCAGACUGCUAGAUCCCAAGUCGGCAUCCAAGGCUGAUGCCCCCGAGAAGCCCAAGCGAGGUGCAUGA